UGUCUGUAUGUCAGGAUGUCUGUUGAAAGCCAAGAGAACCGGACAGUGGAGGUGCUGGGAGUACCGGAGGAGGUGGAGGAUGAGCUGCUGUAUUUGUACUUUGAGAACAAGCGUCGUUCUGGAGGAGGUAGUCUGGUGUCUGUGAAGCUGGAAGGGAGCCGGGCUUUACUGCUGUUUGAAGAGGCAGAGGGUAAGGAUAGAUUCAGUCUGUGUAAUUAUUGUGAUCUGAUAUAAUGUUGAAGGCCAAUAAGUUUCACUUUAUGAACCUACACAUCAGAAUCUAUGAUUUUUUUGUUUAUCUGGAUCCCCAUAAGCUGAUGUCUUAGCGACAACUAGUCUUUCAGUGGUCCACAAAUUCAUGAUAUUAUUGUACUAAAAAACUAUUCAUGUAUUGCCAUCCAUGGCAUGCUGAUUAUGUCUGUCUUUGAUUGACAGUCGCAUCAAGGGUCCUGUCUAAAAGACCACAUGUCCUGAACAAUGCUGAGCUGACCGUGAGGAAGCCUGCGUGUAAGGAUCCACGGAGGUUGUUGCUGCGGGGGGUUAACCCAACCACCAGUCAGGAUCUGGUGGAGCUGUAUGUAGAGAACAUGAUGGGGAUGGACAUAGACGACUACACUCUCUACCCCUCACCUGGCAGGGACCUGGUCCUAGUACACUUCCAUCAGGCCUUCAAUAAAGGUUUGGGGUUUUCCUAUUAAGUUUAACCCCCUAGAGUCGAUUUCGGCAGCCCAGCGGAAAUUUAAUUAGCAUAAACAAUUAAUCCCCAUAAAAAUCUGUCAGUUUAAGCUAGAGAUGUUUUUUUGCGUUGGAAGCGUCUCAAUCCACCGCAUCCACCGAUGUCGCAUUUCCGCAUCUGCGGUUAAAGGUGACAGAGCUAGAGCGACGGUGUUUGUUAGAACAUGAGACCAAUGUUCCCUCUAAGCUGCGCGGGCGCAGAAUAAAUAUCAACCCGUGCAGAGAAGCACUGAACUUUCUAGAAUUUUCUCCCUUAACACUAUAAACGUUUCCCUUUACUGUGUCAAUUGUGAUCUAAUCAAUGCAAUAUUAUCCACUUUCAAUGCAACAUAUUGAAACAAAACGAACUAUGCAAGAGAUUUUGUAGGCAGAACGCAUCUGAGUAGGAUUCUAUUGCAUUGACACGCACGACUCAGCCUGUACUCGACACAGUCCGUUGCGACAUAACCAAUCAAAACUGCAGUAGGCCUAUAUGCAAAUAUACCAUUGCUAUAUAUGGAUCUGUGCCAUUCACUUUGAACUGGACUGUGUUUACAGCAUGAGCGCUCAUGAGUAGACACACUUGCUUUUAGCGAGAGCUACAUGUAGCCACGUGCAGGGCCGGUCCUUGCCGUUCUGCCGCCAUAGGCGAGACCAAAAAAUGCCAGCCCUCCCGAAACUUGAAAAGUCCCAGUAAGCAAAAUGACGUUGAAAAGACGUCUAAAAUAAGUAUUUUCCAGACGUUGAAGUUAGGUUCAAUUAGGUUCUGAAUGAAAGGUGAAAAGGUAUUUUCCAGGACUUUGAAAAGGCAUAUUUUCCUGACGUUGAAAAAUACUUAUUUUCCUUUAUUUUUUAUUUUUAUGAAAGUUGAAAAUAAAUAAUUUAUAGACGUCUAUGUUUUGUCCAAAUCAAGGCUGGUCCAGACCGGACAAAAUCUGAACCAAACAUAGACGUGGAUGUGGAAACUGACGUGGUCCGGAACUGCACCAAGAAAAUAUGUCCAAAAAGAGCCUUGCUUACUGAGGUGUAGCCUACAGUGUUGCCUGAAAUUGUAUUUUAUGAAUGCCCAUCUACAGUGGGGAAAAAAGUAUUUAGUCAGCCACCAAUUGUGCAAGUUCUCCCACUUAAAAAGAUGAGAGAGGCCUGUAAUUUUCAUCAUAGGUACACGUCAACUAUGACUGACAAAAUGAGAAAAAAAUUUCCAGAAAAUCACAUUGUAGGAUUUUUUAUGAAUUUAUUUGCAAGUUAUGGUGGAGAAUAAGUAUUUGGUCAAUAACAAAAGUUUCUGUCAGGGUUGAGUGUAGAGGGAACGUGGAAUCACACGCAGGACACAGAGAUUCGAAAACAGAUGUCUUUAGUGAAGUCCGUUAGUACAAGCCAAACACGGCAACAGGCCACAGGCGAAAACAAACGCACACCGGACUGUCCAAAGUAAGUACGCACAACGUGCAGGACUCUCUAAACAAAACGAAUACAGAGAGCACAAAACAGAGGACCAACAACAACACGUGACAUCGAACAAUUACACACAACACCUGACCAAACACAAGAGAACUAAAUAGGGUGCCUAAUGAACACUUAACAAUAAACAGGUGUAACAAACAGACAAAACCAAUCAAACAUGAAACAUCGAACGGUGGCAGCUAGUACUCCGGAGACGACGACCGCCGAAGCCUGCCCGAACAAGGAGCUGCCUCGGCCGAAACCGUGACAGUUUCUCAAUACUUUGUUAUAUACCCUUUGAUGGCAAUGACACAGGUCAAACGUUUUCUGCAAGGUUUUCACACACUGUUGCUGGUAUUUUGGCCCAUUCCUCCACGCAGAUCUCCUCUAGAGCAGUGAUGUUUUGGGGCUGUCGCUGGGCAACACAGACUUUAAACUCCCUCCAAAGAUUUUCUAUGGGGUUGAGAUCUGGAGACUGGCUAGGCCACUCCAGGACCUUGAAAUGCUUCUUACGAAGCCACUCCUUCGUUGCCCGAGUGGUGUGUUUGGGAUCAUUGUCAUGCUGAAAGACCCAGCCACGUUUCAUCUUCAAUGCCCUUGCUGAUGGAAGGAGGUUUUCACUCAAAAUCUCACGAUACAUGGCCCCAUUCAUUCUUUCCUUUACACGGAUCAGUCGUCCUGGUCCCUUUGCAGAAAAACAGCCCCAAAGCAUGAUGUUUCCACCCCCAUGCUUCACAGUAGGUAUGGUGUUCUUUGGAUGCAACUCAGCAUUCUUUGUCCUCCAAACACGACGAGUUGAGUUUUUACCAAAAAGUUAUAUUUUGGUUUCAUCUGACCAUAUGACAUUCUCCCAAUCCUCUUCUGGAUCAUCCAAAUGCACACUAGCAAACUUCAGACGGAACUGGACAUGUACUGGCUUAAGCAGGGUGACACGUCUGGCACUGCAGGAUUUGAGUCCCUGGCGGCAUAGUGUGUUACUGAUGGUAGGCUUUGUUACUUUGGUCCCAGCUCUCUGCAGGUCAUUCACUAGGUCCCCCCGUGUGGUUCUGGGAUUUUUGCUCACCGUUCUUGUGAUCAUUUUGACCCCACGGGGUGAGAUCUUGCGUGGAGCCCCAGAUCGAGGGAGAUUAUCAGUGGUCUUGUAUGUCUUCCAUUUCCUAAUAAUUGCUCCCACAGUUGAUUUCUUCAAACCAAGCUGCUUACCUAUUGCAGAUUCAGUCUUCCCAGCCUGGUGCAGGUCUACAAUUUUGUUUCUGGUGUCCUUUGACAGCUCUUUGGUCUUGGCCAUAGUGGAGUUUGGAGUGUGACUGUUUGAGGUUGUGGACAGGUGUCUUUUAUACUGAUAACAAGUUCAAACAGGUGCCAUUAAUACAGGUAACGAGUGGAGGACAGAGGAGCCUCUUAAAGAAGAAGUUACAGGUCUGUGAGAGCCAGAAAUCUUGCUUGUUUGUAGGUGACCAAAUACUUAUUUUCCACCAUAAUUUGCAAAUAAAUUCAUUAAAAAUCCUACAAUGUGAUUUUCUGGAUUUUUUUUCUCUCAUUUUGUCUGUCAUAGUUGACGUGUACCUAUGAUGAAAAUUACAGGCCUCUCUCAUCUUUUUAAGUGGGAGAACUUGCACAAUUGGUGGCUGACUAAAUACUUUUUUCCCCCACUGUAUGUGGUAAGCCUAUCGUUUUGUAAAACACCAAAAAACGACGUCCAGAUAGGACCAAAAAAAAAGACAUCAGCUCGUGCUACCAUGUAGGCCCGCAAUGGAAUUUUAUGAAUGCCCGUCCAUGUGCUAGGCCCACCGUUUGUAAAACAGGCCAUUGCAACUGCUUUAUUAGUCCUGAUUCCUGUGACUAAUCAAUUUGGCUAUUUAAGCUCUGAAUGUCAGCUACCCAACUUUAUCAGGAGUUGUCGCAAGCCAAUUAGCAAUGUGUUUACACAGCGGGAAAUGCAGAAGUAUUUUAUUUUUAGCUAUGAUUAGCUUGUCAAAAAUGUAGGGAUACAAACUUGAAACCACUGAUCAUGACAAUGGGGUGAAACUCCUGAACAACAGUUGUAUCCCUGUAACACUUUUUGGGACUAUCUGUUGUGCCAUGUAGUGAAUCUGCUAUUUAAUGCGUUUGUAUGGGCUAAUAGCAGAAAGGCCCAAAAAAGAAAAUACUUAAAGGGGUCUUUAAAAUUCUAGCUAAAGUAACCUUGGUAUGACCUUCUUAAAACAAUUCCAUGUAGCUUAGUAGAACCCCCCUCCGGCUUAGACUGUACAGGGUUAAAGAUGGAAUCUGCAGUAGGGGAAACAGCGCCACUGGCCGCCCUACCACCCUUGUUCUUUUUUGUUGUUGCCGAGCUGAGGAGUGUCGCACAGCAUGGUAAAAACACGGUAGUACAUAUUGUGUUCUUCUAUUGCGUGUGCAAUGAUGUCCGAGGGGGGGAAAAGCAGUGUUCGUUGUUUGCAGUAACUUCUUUGUUGUAAUAUCGCAAACGUACGUGCAGAGUGCGAAUUACACCAUGAUAUUUGGGGGGGUCAUUGAGUGCAUGCACUUGCUCAAAGCUAUUUUAUAGGCCUUAUAAUAAAGAAGUCAUUUAAACGGUAAAAAUGAAUUCCCUUUUUUAUGUGGCAUGAACACAACCAGUUAUGAUAUUUUCAUCUGAUUGUCAAACAAAUCACUUCAAAAGUAGGCAUGUUCGUCCACUCCAAAAUAACUCCAGCAUCCAUGUAUAGGCCUACUGUUACAAAACACCAAAAAGUGUGCCUAAUGAAAUUCAGCGAUUGUCAUUGAUUAGGCCUACAUUAAUUGAUGCGUCUUGCUGACUAAUUUACAUUUUUUGUAGCUUGAAAAGUCGGGACACCUGAAAUGGGCUGAAACUGUCCCGGGAAAAAUGGGAUGGUCACCCUAACACACAGGGUCAACUUACUAGACUACAAUGUGUAUUACCAUGAACUUCAAAUAGGCCUACCGGUAGCCAGUGAUGUAGUGUUUAACAAAAUUGGUGGGGAAACUCUGAUUGCCGGUUGUGGUGAAAAAAGUAAUGCUCCCUAUACUUUCAAUGAAUUUCUUUUUUUAAAGGUGGGUAAACAGCGCUUAUUUGGGUUUACCCUCCGCUAGGCCUAUACCACUGACGGUAGCCUACCCUCUCAGCCAAGGCCAUUGUAAACACAUGAACACAUGCAGAAUAGGUAGCCUACAUUCAAUAUAAUACAUGAUUUGAAUCAAAACAUGUUUUACACCCUAGUUCUUGAGUUGUCCAUAAUUAAUAGUCUUCACAGAUUGUCUUCACAGAUUGUGACAUAAAACACUACCUUUCUUUCCUUACAUUAAUGACAUUUGACAGUGUUAUUUGUCAUUAUUAAUCAUUUAACAAUUGAAUUAGAAGAUUGAACUUAAACCCUGUACGACUCAUGGAGAUCUCGGAAAAUGCACUUUUAAAUGUAACUAUGCCUACGUAACAUUUCAUCCAUGAAAACAGUUCUCAUGGGCACACAAAUCCAAAAUAAUGUAGGCUUAUGCCAUUGCAAAAUUGAAUGCUUCUAACCGAAAGAGUCAACCAUAGGCCUACUGUUAUUAACGUAUAGCCUACUUGUUGGAUGGAUUGGAUGCGCACUUCUAGCCACAGAUGCCACGGAGAACACCAGUACUCACGCGCACCUGAAAGUGAGCAAUGAGUGCUCUAAACAGCUGACUGACAAAAGCUAAACAAUAUAAAUCAACGGAUAAAUCUAAUGCAUUGGAAUAAAUGCUAUUUUUAUCAAGGACGCAUGGCAAACAAAUGGCGAAAAUGAGGAAGUACAAAGGAAAAUCUAUGCGUUAACAUGCUGACUAGACCGGGUGCGCGCAUGUUGAUUUUGUCCACCCACACCAGACGACAUCAGGACACGCAGGUUGAAAUAUCAAAACGAACUCUGAACCAACUAUAUUAAUUUGGGGACAGGUCGAAAAGCAUUAAACGUUUAUGGCAAUUUAGCUAGCUAGCUUGCUGUUGCUAGCUAAUUUGGCAUGGGAUAUAAACAUUGGGUUGUUAUUUUACCUGAAAUGCACAAGAUCCUCUACGCCAACAAUUAAUCCACAGAUAAAAGGGUAAACCGAGUUAGUUUCUAGUAAUCUCUCCUCCUUCAGGCUUCUUCUUGUUCUUCUUUGGACUUUAUAUGGCGGUUGGCAACCAACUUUAAGGUGCAUUACCACCACCAACUGGACUGGAGUGUGGACCUCUGUUAAUUUUUGGGUAUAUGCUCCUAAAAAUCUAUGAGGAGAUGGGAGAGGUGGGACAUGCUAGCAGAUACCCAUAGACUUCCAGUCAUUGCGCUAAUGCUAGUUGGCAUUGGCUAGCAAAACUACUUCUAACUUCCUUCAUACUGGGUAGAGAGACAAAUGGUAUCCACAAGUUCAUCUGACUGGGGAAGUAGAUAAAGAGCCUCAUUGCCAAAAUCCUGAAGUAUGCCUUUAAGGAUUCUAGCUUUAAGCCUGUCAGUAUCACUUUAAAAACCUUUUUAGAAAGUUUGAAAUUUGGAUAAAAGUUAAGUAUCAUCACAAUUAAACCACAGAUUUUAAGUAAUUGAGGACGGCUCAUGAUUUGGCAAACAAUAUAAUUACAAAUCUAUUGUAAGUGGCUAUGCUUUUGCAUACAAUAUAGUUAAUGUGUAUAUUCUUCCUUAUUUUGCAUGCACAGACUUCCAGAAGCUUUGCACAAAGAUCUCUAAGAAGCCUCUGGAUGGAGCGCAGAUCGUUCUGGAACAGAUCGAUCAAACUGACUCCAUCCUAAUGGAGAACCUGCACCCCAGCAUCACAGCAGACAUGCUUAAUCUGUACCUGGAGAGCCAACGGGGCGGGCGCGGUGAAGUUAAGGAGGUCACCAUGAGGUCAGAGGGGGUUGCCAGGGUCUCCUUCCUGGACUUUGACUGUAAGUUUUGAACAUAGACUUUUUUAAUGUACUGUAUCUCUACCAACUUUUUGUUUGGAUGUAAGUUAUGUUAAGGACAUCAUCAUAAGGGCUUCAUCUGUUUGUAUACAAGCAAUUCCGUUGUAGCUGUUGUAUCCGUUUAAAGUAAUUAUGUUGUUAGAUGUUGUAUGUCAAUGCAACAUAAAAGCUAUAAAGCAGAGGUAUAAAGCAUGCGAGUUCUAUGCAGCUAUUUAAUGUAUUUUAUUCCCUUCCUUGUUAUUGCAUCUAACAGCAGUGGAACGUGUCCUUAACCAAUCACACAAGAUGGAGGAGACAGAUCUAACAGUCAGUCCUUACUUCUCCUUCCUCCAAUCAGAGGACAGCUCCUCCUCACCUCUGACCUCUCCCCUGACCUCUCUGAAUGGAACAUCAGAUAGUAGCACAACGAACACACAGCAGACAGUCAGUGGUGGUCAAUCACAGACUGGUUCUCUCCCUGCAGCCAGUACCAGUGACCGUUCUCAGUCCUCCCACCAGGCUACCUCUGAGCCUUUGGUCCCCACUCUGUCCCAUGCAGCAGCAGCCCAGGGAGGCAUGGAUGACCUAACGUCGACCCCAGAGCCCAUGUCUAGCCACAUCUCCGUCCCAGACCCCGUGAAACUCACCCUGCUCCAGCUCAGUCCCCUGCCCCAGAGCCUCCAGCUGGCCCACCAAGGCUGUAGCAUCCAGAUCAGGGAGGACGGGGUCCACAUGGCCGGGCCUGACCGGCUAGUGUUGGAGCAGCUGAAGAAUGCUGUGUUGGAGUUCCUUGGGGGCGUGACCCAGGCUCAUCUCACCUUUGACCCCGAGAAGGCCCACUUCCUGGCCAAACAGGAAGUGAAGGACAGGCUGCUGCAGACGUUGAAGGAAAAGGGGCUGCCGUCCAUGUACACCGUGUCGGACUGUGUCAUCGUGGUAACGUCUCUGUCUCUCAGCUUGGUGAGCCAGGCAUGUAGCAUGUUGAAGACCCUGCUGUCUGACUUCAGUAUCCCUGUGGACAGAGAGUAUGAGUGUAUGUUGUACGCCCAGGAGUGGACUAGCUUCCUCCAGUCUCUGGGUCUCUGCUCAGCUAAGGUGUCAGAAAGAGGACAGAUAGAUGUCCUGACUCUGAGAGGGUUGGAGGAGGAGAAGCAGGCUAAAAUAGUAGAGUUCCUCAGUACACCCAUUGAAACGGAGGCUAUCAUCUCUAUGGAGCCAGGCAUGUUGAAGUACAUCCAGACCCACCGUCACCAGCUACUGGCUGAUAUGAACCAGGUGUCUAUCUUCCCUUUGGACGCACAUGACAUCUGUGGACUCAGAGUAGGUGUUUGACGUUUUAGAAUAAUCAUAAAAGCAUGCAUUCCAUUAUAUACAUUCUCUCAUACCCUUUUCACACUACCGAAUCAAGCUAAACUAUACUGGUUACACAUGCUGGAGAGGACAAUGUGAAAAGAAAAUAUCUCAGUCAGCAUAGUACGGCUAAAAUGUGCAUGCUGUCGUGAAAAGGGUAUCAGAUGUCUUGGUAAAUGAUGGUCUUAUAAACUUUCCACCUCUUUAAUCAUCCAUGUGACUGUGAUUGGUAGAUCCAAGGCAACGCUGGGGCAUGUCAAAUGGCUGAUGAGGUUCUGAGGGGCGUGGUGUCGUCCACCGAGACCAGAACCAUCACGGUGAAACAGCCGGGCGUGGCGCGGUUCCUCAUCCAGGAGGGGGAGGGGACCAGCAUCCUCAGGGAGAUGCAGACUAAGUUCCAGGUCUACAUAAACAUGGAGAAGGUGCACUGGGAACCCCUGGAGAACGAGGUAGCUGGCUCAGUGAUAAAGACAUUAAUAUAGACUGUACCAUUACUAAUUAACUAGCAAAUGAGGUAGCCGAAUUGUAAUUAUCUACCACUCAGUAAAAGGCACAUGACAGCCCGCUUGGAGUUUGCCAAAAGGCACCUAAAGAGAAACAAGAUUCUCUGGUCUGAUGAAACUAAGAUUGAACUCUUUGGCCUGAAUGUCUAGAGGAAACCUUCCCUACGGUGAAGCAUGGUGGUGGCAGCAUCAUGCUGUGGGGAUGUUUUUUAGUGGCAGGGACUGGGAGACUAGUCAGAAUCGAGGGAAGGAUGAAUGGAGCAAAGUACAGAGAGAUCCUUGAUGAAAACCUGCUCCAGAGCACUCAGGACCUCCGACUGGGGCAAAGGUUCACCUUCCAACAGGACAACGACCCUAAGCACACCGCCAAGACAACGCAGGAGUGGCUUCGGGACAAGUCUUUGAAUGUCCUUGAGUGGCCCAGCCAGAGCCCGGACUUGAAGCCGAUCGAACAUCUCUGGAGAGACCUGAAAAUAGCUGUGCAACGACGCUCCCCAUCCAACCUGACAGAGCUUGAGAGGAUCUGCAGAGAAGAAUGGGAGAAACUCCCCAAAUACAGGUGUGCUAAGCUUGAAGCGUCAUACCCAAGAAGACUCGAGGCUUUAAUCGCUGCCAAAGGUGCUUCAACUAAGUACUGAGUAAAGGGUCUAAAUACUUAUGUAAAUGUGAUAUUUCAGAGGGGGGAAAAACAACUUAAUCCAGUUUAGAAUAAGACUGAAACGUAACAAUGUGGAAAAAGUCAAGGGGGUCUGAAUACUUUCCGAAUGCACUGUAUACUGUAUUUGUCUCUAUAUGUCUCUCUCUCUCAUAUAUAGAUCAACUUUCCGAAUGCACUGUAUACUGUAUUUGUCUCUAUAUGUCUCUCUCUCUCAUAUAUAUAUAUAUAUAUAUAUAUAUAUAUAUAUAUAUAUAUAUAUAUAUAUAUAUAUAUAUAUAUAUAUAUAUGAGAGAGAGAGAGACAUAUAGAGACAAAUACAGUAUACAGUGCAUUCGGAAAGUAUUCAGACCCCUUGACUUUUUCCACAUUGUUACGUUUCAGUCUUAUUCUAUCAAAUACUUGUUCUCCCCACUGUGUGUGUAUGUAUGUGUGUAUAUAUAUAUAUAUAUAUAUAUAUAUAUAACACACACACACACACACACACACACACACACACACACACACACACAGUGGGGAGAACAAGUAUUUGAUACACUGCCGAUUUUGCAGGUUUUCCUACUUACAAAGCAUGUAGAGGUCUGUACUUUUUAUCAUAGGUACACUUCAACUGUGAGAGACGGAAUCUAAAAAAAAAAUCCAGAAAAUCACAUUGUAUGAUUUUCAAGUAAAUCAUUUGCAUUUUAUUGCAUGACAUAAGUAUUUGAUACAUCAGAAAAGCAGAACUUAAUAUUUGUUACAGAAACCUUUGUUUGCAAUUACAGAGAUCAUACGUUUCCUGUAGUUCUUGACCAGGUUUGCACACACUGCAGCACGGAUUUUGGCCCACUCCUCCAUACAGACCUUCUCCAGAUCCUUCAGGUUUCGGGGCUGUCGCUGGGCAAUACGGACUUUCAGCUCCCUCCAAAGAUGUUCUAUUGGGUUCAGGUCUGGAGACUGGCUAGGCCACUCCAGGACCUUGAAAUGCUUCUUACGGAGCCACUCCUUAGUUGCCCUGGCUGUGUGUUUCGGGUCGUUGUCAUGCUGGAAGACCCAGCCACGACCCAUCUUCAAUGCUCUUACUGAGGGAAGGAGGUUGUUGGCCAAGAUCUCGCGAUACAUGGCCCCAUCCAUCCUCCCCUCAAUACGGUGCAGUCGUCCUGUCCCUUUUGCAGAAAAGCAUCCCCAAAGAAUGAUGUUUCCACCUCCAUGCUUCACGGUUGGGAUGGUGUUCUUGGGGUUGUACUCAUCCUUCUUCUUCCUCCAAACACGGCGAGUGGAGUUUAGACCAAAAAGCUAUAUUUUUGUCUCAUCAAACCCCAUGACCUUCUCCCGUUCCUCCUCUGGAUCAUCCAGAUGGUCAUUGGCAAACUUCAGACAGGCCUGGACAUGCGCUGGCUUGAGCAGGGGGACCUUGUGUGCGCUGCAGGAUUUUAAUCCAUGACGGCAUAGUGUGUUACUAAUCAAAUCAAAUCAAAUUGUAUUGGUCACAUGCGCCGAAUACAACAGGUGCAGACAUUACAGUGAAAUGCUUACUUACAGCCCUUAACCAACAGUGCAUUUUAUUUUUAACAAAAAAGGUAAAAAUAAAACAACAACAAAAAAAGUGUUGAGAAAAAAAGAGCAGAAGUAAAAUAAAAUAACAGUAGGGAGGCUAUAUAUACAGGGGGGUACCGUUGCAGAGUCAAUGUGCGGGGGCACCGGCUAGUUGAGGUAAUAUGUACAUGUGGGUAGAGUUAAAGUGACUAUGCAUAAAUAAUUAACAGAGUAGCAGCAGCGUAAAAAGGAUGGGGUGGGGGGGCAGUGCAAAUAGUCCGGGUAGCCAUGAUUAGCUGUUCAGGAGUCUUAUGGCUUGGGGGUAGAAGCUGUUGAGAAGUCUUUUGGACCUAGACUUGGCACUCCGGUACCGCUUGCCGUGCGGUAGCAGAGAGAGAGAACAGUCUAUGACUAGGGUGGCUGGAGUCUUUGACAAUUUUGAGGGCCUUCCUCUGACACCGCCUGGUAAAGAGGUCCUGGAUGGCAGGAAGCUUGGCCCCAGUGAUGUACUGGGCCGUACGCACUACCCUCUGUAGUGCCUUGCGGUCGGAGGCCAAGCAGUUGCCAUACCAGGCGGUGAUGCAACCAGUCAGGAUGCUCUCGAUGGUGCAGCUGUACUAAUAGUUUUCUUUGAGACUGUGGUCCCAGCUCUCUUCAGGUCAUUGACCAGGUCCUGCCGUGUAGUUCUGGGCUGAUCCCUCACCUUCCUCAUGAUCAUUGAUGCCCCACAAGGUGAGAUCUUGCAUGGAGCCCCAGACCGAGGGUGAUUGACCGUCAUCUUGAACUUCUUCUUUUUUCUAAUAAUUGCGCCAACAGUUGUUGCCUUCUCACCAAGCUGCUUGCCUAUUGUCCUGUAGCCCAUCCCAGCCUUGUGCAGGUCUACAAUUUUAUCCCUGAUGUCCUUACACAGCUCUCUGGUCUUGGCCAAUGUGGAGAGGUUGGAGUCUGUUUCAUUGAGUGUGUGGACAGGUGUCUUUUAUACAGGUAACGAGUUCAAACAGAUGCAGUUAAUAAGGGUAAUGAGUGGAGAACAGGAGGGCUUCUUAAAGAAAAACUAACAGGUCUGUGAGAGCCGGAAUUCUUACUGGUUGGUAGGUGAUCAAAUACUUAUGUCAUGCAAAUUAAUUACUUAAAAAUCCUACAAUGUGAUUUUCUGGAUUUUUGUUUUAGAUUCCGUCUCUCACAGUUGAAGUGUACCUAUGAUAAAAAUUACAUACAGUGGGGGAAAAAAGUAUUUAGUCAGCCACCAAUUGUGCAAGUUCUCCCAUUUUAAAAGAUGAGAGAGUCCUGUAAUUUUCAUCAUAGGUACACGUCACCUAUGACAGACAAAUUGAGAAGAAAAAAAUCAAGAAAAUCACAUUGUAGGAUUUUUUUAUGAAUUUAUUUGCAAAUUAUGGUGGAAAAUAAUUAUUUGGUCACCUACAAACAAGCAAGAUUUCUGGCUCUCACAGACCUGUAACUUCUUCUUUAAGAGGCUCCUCUGUCCUCCACUCGUUACCUGUAUUAAUGGCACCUGUUUGAACUUGUUAUCAGUAUAAAAGACACCUGUCCACAACCUCAAACAGUCACACUCCAAACUCCACUAUGGCCAAGACCAAAGAGCUGUCAAAGGACACCAGAAACAAAAUUGUAGACCUGCACCAGGCUGGCAAAAAUCCCAGAACCACACGGGGGACCUAGUGAAUGACCUGCAGAGAGCUGGGACCAAAGUAACAAAGCCUACCAUCAGUAACACACUACGCCGCCAGGGACUCAAAUCCUGCAGUGCCAGACGUGUCCCCCUGCUUAAGCCAGUACAUGUCCAGGCCCGUCUGAAGUUUGCUAGAGUGCAUUUGGAUGAUCCAGAAGAGGAUUGGGAGAAUGUCAUAUGGUCAGAUGAAACCAAAAUAGAACUUUUUGGUAAAAACUCAACUCGUCGUGUUUGGAGGACAAAGAAUGCUGAGUUGCAUCCAAAGAACACCAUACCUACUGUGAAGCAUGGGGUGGAAACAUCAUGCUUUGGGGCUGUUUUUUCUGCAAGGACCAGACACGUGAUCCGUGUAAAGGAAAGAAUGAAUGGGGCCAUGUAUCGUGAGAUUUUUGAGAAGUGAAAAACCUCCUUCAUCAGCAAGGGCAUUGAAGAUGAAACUGCUGGGGUCUUUCAGCAGACAUGAUCAAAACCACACCGCCCGGGCAAGAAGUAGUGUCUUCGUAAAGAAGCACUUUCAAGGUCCUGGAUUGGCCUAGCCAGUCCUCCAAUCUCAACCCCAUGAAAACUUUGGAGGGAGUUGAAAGUCUGUUUGCCCAGCGACAGCCCCAAAACACUCACUGCUCUAGAGGAAUCUUCUGGAGGAAGGGCCAAUACCAGCAACAGUGUUUAAACCUUGUUAAGACGUACAGAAAACGUUUGACCUGGUGUCAUGGGCCAACAAAGGGUUAUAUAACAAGAUUGAGAAACUUAUGACCAAAUACUUAUUUUCCACCAUAAUUUGCAAAUAAAUUCAUUAAAAAUCCUACAAUGUGAUUUUCAGGAUUUCUUUUCUCAUUUUGUCUGUCAUAGUUGACGUAUACCUAUGAUGAAAAUUACAGGCCUCUCUCAUCUUUUUAAGUGGGACAACUUGCACAAUUGGUGGCUGACUAAAUACUUUUUUCCCCCACUGUACCUCUACAUGCUUUUGUAAGUAGGAAAACCUGCAAAAUCGGCAGUGUAUCAAAUACUUGUUCUCCCCACUGUAUAUAUACACUGCUCAAAAAAAUAAAGGGAACACUUAAACAACACAUCCUAGAUCUGAAUGAAUGAAAUAAUCUUAUUAAAUACUUUUUUCUUUACUUAGUUGAAUGUGCUGACAACAAAAUCACACAAGAAUUAUCAAUGGAAAUCAAAUGUAUCAACCCAUGGAGGUCUGGAUUUGGAGUCACCCUCAAAAUUAAAGUGGAAAACCACACUACAGGCUGAUCCAACUUUGAUGUAAUGUCCUUAAAACAAGUCAAAAUGAGGCUCAGUAGUGUGUGUGGCCUCCACGUGCCUGUAUGACCUACCUACAACGCCUGGGCAUGCUCCUGAUGAGGUGGCAGAUGGUCUCCUGAGGGAUCUCCUCCCAGACCUGGACUAAAGCAUCCGCCAACUCCUGGACAGUCUGUGGUGCAACGUGGCAUUGGUGGAUGGAGCGAGACAUGAUGUCCCAGAUGUGCUCAAUUGGAUUCAGGUCUGGGGAACGGGCGGGCCAGUCCAUAGCAUCAAUGCCUUCCUCUUGCAGGAACUGCUGACACACUCCAGCCACAUGAGGUCUAGCAUUGUCUUGCAUUAGGAGGAACCCAGGGCCAACCGCAACAGCAUAUGGUCUCACAAGGGGUCUGAGGAUCUCAUCUCGGUACCUAAUGGCAGUCAGGCUACCUCUGGCGAGCACAUGGACCUGCAAAGAAAUGCCACCCCACACCAUGACUGACCCACCGCCAAACCGGUCAUGCUGGAGGAUGUUGCAGGCAGCAGAACGUUCUCCAUGGCGUCUCCAGACUCUGUCACGUCUGUCACAUGUGCUCAGUGUGAACCUGCUUUCAUCUGUGAAGAGCACAGGGUGCCAGUGGCGAAUUUGCCAAUCUUGGUGUUCUCUGGCAAAUGCCAAACGUCCUGCACGGUGUUGGGCUGUAAGCAUAACCCCCACCUGUGGACGUCAGGCCCUCAUACCACCCUCAUGGAGUCUGUUUCUGACCGUUUGAGCAGACACAUGCACAUUUGUGGCCUGCUGGAGGUCAUUUUGCAGGGCUCUGGCAGUGCUCCUCCUGCUCCUCCUUGCACAAAGGCGGAAGUAGCGGUCCUGCUGCUGGGUUGUUGCCCUCCUAUGGCCUCCUCCACGUCUCCUGAUGUACUGGCCGGUCUCCUGGUAGCGCCUCCAUGCUCUGGACACUACGCUGACAGACACAGCAAACCUUCUUGCCACAGCUCGCAUUGAUGUGCCAUCCUGGAUGAGCUGCACUACCUGAGCCACUUGUGUGGGUUGUAGACUCCGUCUCAUGCUACCACUAGAGUGAAAGCACCACCAGCAUUCAAAAGUGACCAAAACAUCAGCCAGGAAGCAUAGGAACUGAGAAGUGGUCUGUGGUCACCACCUGCAGAACCACUUCGUUAUUGGGGGUCUCUUGCUAAUUGCCUAUAAUUUCCACCUGUUGUCUAUUCCAUUUGCACAACAGCAUGUGAAAUGUAUUGUCAAUCAGUGUUGCUUCCUAAGUGGACAGUUUGAUUUCACAGAAGUGUGAUUGACUUGGAGUUACAUUGUGUUGUUUAAGUGUUCCAUUUAUUUUUUUGAGCUGUGUAUAUAUAUCUGUUGUGGUAUUCUAGCUUUGUCAUCUCCCUACAGGACAUCUUUGAGGCUGCGUGGAAUAUGUCGUCCCAUCAGAGCUUCCAGAGAAGUUCCUUAGAUGAUUCCUUACAGGCCUCAACAUCAAUUCUGACUCACACUAUCCAGACCUCCAACAACCUCUCAGCUUCAGACAGAGGUGCAUACUUUCAUUUUACUAUUCUCAUAUCAAUCAAAUGUAUUUGUAAAACCCUUUUUACAACAUUUGUCACAAAGUGUUGUACGGUAACACAGCCUAGACCCUAAAGAGCAUAUGGAAGCACAGUGGCCAGAAUAAUGUUCAGUUAUUCUAUUGGGAUUGUUGUUUUGCAAUUCAUCACUGAAAACGUAUGUACUGAUCCCAGGUCGUAUAGAGGAGGCAAAGAGGCUGUUCUCAGCCAUAGAUGAGACGGUGGACUCUGGCCUCUCCAGUUUGACCAGAACCACUGGCAUGGAGGAGGAUCUGUAUACGGCCAGGGAACCCAUGGCCCUCAGCACUUACCAGGGCCCAGACAGAGACAGCGCUAACAUCAAGGUGGAGGAAGAGGCUCCACUGCCCAUGGUGGAGGGAGGGGGAAGUGACGAUGAAGCUGAAGCUGCUACUGCUCCUGUGGUGACUCAGGAUGGAGAGCUGUCCUGGGCCAUGCAACUCUCCACUACCCUGGAGGAGGAGGCCCAGAUGUCCCUGGCCAUCCAGUACUCCAUGGAGACCACCAAGAGGUCCCUGGCCGACGAGGAGGAGGAGCUGCAGAAGGUUCUGGAGCUGUCCAGGAAGAUGACGAAGAUGACUCGGCAUGAUGGUGAUGGUUGUGCCAUGCCUAUCGUUUCCCUCCCUGCUGCUGGCUCCCACCUUCGAUCAGGCUGUCCAGGUGUCUCUGCAGGAGGCCAUCCAGUCCGCCAACACGGCAACAAUCUUUGUGUUUGCUGGCUACAGUUGUGACCUGAUCAGAGUGGACAUUGCCCUGAACAAGAGGAUCACUAUUAAACAGCAUGUGGAGAAGCUAGAGCACCGCAGCCUGAGGAGCCUGUCUCAGUAUCACAGGUAUGUGUGUGUGUACAGUUAUGUGUUUUUUGUAGUGAUGGGCACCGAUAUGGAAAAUCUAUAUAGAUUUCAGUUGCAUUUUUUUAACGAUUCGAUAUCAAUAUCAUAUCGGUUUGUAGAAAAUACAUUGCAACAAUGUGAAUGUUUACUUUUUUUGUGAAGUACAGACAACUGCUUGCAGAUUGCCCAUUGGGCCAGGUGUGAAUAUUAUUGUAGCAUAAACCUACCAAACCAGUUUGAAUACAAUGAGAAGCCCAUCCACAGUUGAUGGCCCAUCAGCAAGAAAUUCAGUAUGGUAACUCUGAGAGCAUACUGUGUCCAUAAUAAGUAUAUAGGUUGUAUGUUGGGAGCUUUUAGGAAAGAGCACAGUUAGAAAGAUAUGGCAUUUAGAAGCAAACCGGAUGGACAUCAUGAAAAUGAUCGGAGAGGUUGAGAGUAGAAGUAGUUCAGGAGCAAAAAAAAAAAAAUAAUAAAUAUAAUAUAUAUAUAUAUAUAUAUAUAUAUAUAUAUAUAUAUAUAUAUAUAUAUAGAAGUAUUGUAAAAUUAACUCUGUCCAUAAGGUGUAGAUAGUAAGUAUAGACCGGAAGUAGAGGCCUGGGCGUUGUUGUUCACUAAUUUACUCCAAGUAGGGAAAGGAUGGUGGGGUUGAAAAGUAAUAAAGGGGAAUAUAUAUAUAAAAAAAUAAACAUGGGGGAUUGGAAGUGAUGCAGACAAUUACAUUGAUAGAAGAUACAAUCUAUCUGCAAUAUUAAGCUGAUCCAUAAAAAUAAAAAAACUCUGAGAGGGUUUUGUGCAUGCAGAAACAGUCAAGUAUGCUUUUUACAGAAUAGUGUAGGUUAACAGGAAGAAUAAACCUCUAUUACGAUAUGCCUGCUCAUAUCGAUUAUUAAACGACAACGAUAUCAUAUGGAAUUUUCAAUAUUGGUGCCCGCCACUUUAAUUUAUUGUCAUUUAAAUCAAUCAAUCAGGUGGUGUCUGGACCUCAUCAAGAGGAAACACGCUGUGGAGAUCACCAUCCAGGGAACUACGGCAACCAUCUCUGGGUUCAAGGACUUUGUUAUCGGGGCGAUGCCGGACAUGAAGCUGCUACUGAGGAGGAUCUCCACGACGACAUCAGACGCUGACAUCCUGCGGACAGUGCAAUGGUGUGGCACGAUCCGGUGUCGUCAGGGAUGGAGAUCCCGUACGCUCCGGAGGCGACAGUGUUCAUGGAGAACGCCUGGAAGAUGAGGCAGAAAAAGAUUGACAUCCUGCUCAACAACCAGCUGCACUUCAUCAACUUUGAGAAGAUGCAGGAGUACAACGUGGCCUCUGGGAAGUCAGUAACCAUCUCCAGGAAGAUGCUUAGCUCAGAUAUACAAGGUAAAGAGGACUUUGCAAAUACUGUAUGUGAGCUUAUUGUUAUGGGGGGGGAUAAGAAUUACAUUUGUGAGAUGCUAUUUAAUUACUGGUGCAAUAUCCCUGUUAUCUUCAUAUUAACAAAGCUAUUUAAUAUGUUGCAAUGUUUUCUUUCAAGCUGUAUUGCACUUAUAUUGUUACAAUAUGUUGCUGUUAUUCAGAUGAGGACUACAGUCUACUGUCCAACCUGCCUGAAACGUCCAGAGUGAACAAGGAUUCUGAUGAGUUCAAGGAUGUUUUGAAAGACUUCUACGACUCCAUACAUGAGUACCACAACGAAAUCAGAAUCAUUAAGGUAUGUAGUAUCUAUCGAUGUCUACAGCAACUAACCAUUAACUUUGUAUUGUAUCAGUGAUGUCAGAAGCCAUUCUUCUAAUGUUAAUCUUAUUUCCCAGGUUGAGAAGCUGAUGAAUAGGCUCCUGUACAACCAGUACAGACUGAAGAAGGCUAGUAUAAAUCAGAGUGCCACUGACCCAGAAGUGGAGCGGACUUUGUACCACGGCACAAGCGAGACCAGCAUGAAAGAGAUCUGUGUUCAUGGCUUCAACAGAAGCUUCUGUGGAAAGAAUGGUAAGGCCUUCUAAUAAAACAUAUUUAAGUCUCAGUAGGUCAUCAGCAUUUUCAUUUCAAUUCAUCAUUAUUUUCAUUGUAGACUGUUGUAAUAAUGUGGCCUCUCUUGUAUAUGCUGAUCUCUCUGCAGCCACUGUGUAUGGUCAGGGGGUCUACUUUGCUGUGAACUCGGCCCUGUCCGUCCAGGAUCAGUAUUCUCCCCCCAACGCAGAUGGACACAAGUUUGUGUUUGUGACCAAGGUGCUGACUGGGAACUUCACUCAGGGCAGUCAUUCGAUGAAGGCUGCUCCUCUGAAGGAGAGUGCUGACAUACCACUCCGAUACGACAGCGUGGCAGAUAAGACGGACAACCCCUCUCUGUUUGUUAUCUUCAACGACACACAGGCCUACCCUGAGUAUCUCAUCACAUGUCAGAAGAUUCACCGCUGAGGGAGUGGGAGAUGAUGAUUGAUAUCCAAAGAAAGGCUAAGCACUAACUGUUUUAUUUGUUAUCUCCCUAUUGAGAAAAUAGGAUUCAUGGGAAUUCUAUUUGAAAAAGGCUUCUAAGAAUAUAUUGUGUUACUUUAAGUGAUAAUGCCAGAGAAGC